UAGUUGUUCUGAAUGGGGAUGGCAGUCCAAGCCGCAGCUCUGAACCUGAGGACUUCACGGGGGGACGCAUCUCAUGAAUGGGAGUCAUAUUCCAGCCCGGAAAGAGAAGCUGUUUGCGGUCGACUUCAACACAGAAGAAAUCUUUUAAUUAGAUGAAUCUGACUGAAUAUUUUAUGAGCGAGUUUCCACUGAGGCGACGCUUCCCUGCAGCAGAGGAGCACUUUGUGCGACAUGGAAAACGGCUGUGAGACUGGAACACCCUAGCAAGGAAGGGAGGUAAAGGGGCGACAGCGAAGGAACCAUCUGUGGUUGGUUAACAGAGGGUUUCUAAUUCCUGCAAUGCCAGAAGAAGCUAAUGAGGACGCCAUGAGAACGCCAGCGACCCCAGAGAAGGCCAACAACACCGAAAGUCCCGCAGCCACCCAGGUGAACAUCCCCCUGGUCAAUGAAGUGCAGCUGACCGCAGCCACGGGCGGGGCCGAGCUCUCCUGCUACCGCUGCACCAUCCCCUUUGGCGUGGUGGUCCUCAUCGCCGGCAUCGUGGUCACCGCUGUGGCUUACAGCUUCAACUCGCAUGGAUCCACCAUCUCCUACUUUGGCCUGGUGCUCCUCUCGGCCGGGUUGGUGCUCUUGGCGUCCAGCGUGGUCUGCUGGAAGAUGAGACUGGAGAGGAGGAAGAAGGAGAGGCGGCGGGAGAGCCAGACCGCCCUGGUCGCCAACCAGAGGAGUAUUUUUACUUGAACUAGAAGUUGGACACCUGGUUUUCUGGGUCUGAAAAGGCCUGGUUUUGAGAAUGAGUUGGAGAACCAUGGAUAAAAUACAUCAAAAAAGACAAGAACCACAAUCACUGAAGACAAUAUGUUCAAGACGUUUCAACUUACAUUUUAAUUUCAGGAUUGAUUUAUGCACAUAGCUUCCGUCUAUUCAAUCGUGGGACCCUGUACGUCCAAUUUGAUGGUAAUAAUUCAUCUUCUGUUUUCUGGACAUGACCAGCUGCAUACAGAUGUUGGCUAGCCUCUUCCAACCUGUAAAAGCUUUGUUUUACCGCAGACUCUAUACGCCCAGACCUUAAUGCUUUGAAGACAUUGUAAGGGAUUUAUUUGUCAAACAGACGUCGAGCAUCUGGCCAACUGGGAACGCAGCCAAGAGGAAUGUAUCACAAUUAAGAUGAAUUACCACCGUGUAGAGGAAGUCUCCCAUUAAUCUGCUGUUGGAUGUGGCGGCUUUGAUUCUAAAGAGAAUGUGUGGUUUGAAAGGCCCAGGAGAAGGAAAGGGAAACUGGAAAAUCCAGGACAAUGAUUCAUCCUUCAUUUACUUCUCCUCAACUGUUUAUGAAGUGUCAGCGUUCAUCUCACAAGGGUUGUCUGUUAUGGAAGUUUAUGGUACUCAAUGUGAGGAUUUUCCUUCAAAUCUGCAAAUAUUUUCUCAGCAAAUCGGAUUAGAUGGCACACGAUAUGUUUAACGUUAAAUACGUAUUCUCUCAAAGCACUUUGAUUUAGGGCUGCAACUUAACAUUUUUGUACCUGUCCAUACAUUUCUCAGUGAAUCGUUUGGUCUAUAAAAUAUCAGAAAAAAGGGGAAAAUGUUUUCUCAAAGUCCAAGGCAAUGUCCUUAAGAGUCUAAAACCCAAAGAAAUUCACUUAAAUAUAAUAUAAUACAUUUACUGGCACUUUUACAUUAAAACGUACUAUAAACGAUUAUAGGGAUAUCAAAGUAAUUGCCAAUUAUGUCAAUCGGGUAAUCUAUUAUUCAACAAAAACUAUUGCAGCUCUACCUUGAUUAUCUUAAUCAUUAUACUCAGUAUUAAACAAAAUCUAUAAAGUGACACUGUGAGUAGAUUUGGCAAAUUGUAGACAUCAAAAGGAAUAUUGUGUAUAGUGUUGAUUACUUAUUGUCCAGUGUACUUCCAUACUGUAAGGAAAGUAUAAAAUGUAGCAUAUGUUUUUUUGAUGUACCAUUUGCAUGUAUUAACAGGACGUGAUGAGGUUUAAUAAACUCAUUGAUACUCAAAUGUGUCAUAGUUUCACAGUUGCGAAGAACGAUAUCAAUGUUAGCUAGAACCAGAUAGAUGCUGGCUUAUUGGGUCGUGUUUUUGGUUACUUAAGUAUCAUAAUGUGUUUGCGACAGAGCUUAUUUUCUGCAAUAUAUCAAAAGGCAAUGAAAAAGUCCCUUUGUUUUUUAUCAAGGGACCCAUUCUGAUGCUAACUUCCGGGUCAGCCUACACUAAUACGUCAUCACUGCACCACUCUUUAUCUGUGUUGUUCUGGAGUCGCAGCAAGAUUAGCCUAGCUUGCUACGCUAGUUGCUAGUUCUCCCUUUCUCUAGUCAUCUUGCUAAGCUAAACUUAGCUAACUACAUUGUGACUUCAGCUUCGUACAUAAACAGAGGUGAAAUUGAUAUCAAUGUUAUUAUUUUUACUCUACAAGAAAGCACAUAAGCUCAUUUCCCAAUAUGUUGAACUGUUGACAUUUUGAUAAUGUGACAAGAUCUUGCAGUUCCAUUCUUGAAGGUAAACUUCACCUCAAAAUUCAAGGAAACACUUGGUCAGUGGUGGAAUGUAACUAAGUUAUCAAUUACUGUACAUCAGUAGUAUUUUGUCAUACUUGUACUUUAAUUGAGUAGAUCCAUGUUAUGCUAUACUUCUUUUUCACUACAUUUUGGAGGCUUAUAUUGUUUUUACUCCAUAACAUUUAUUUACUCCUAGUUACUUUUUACAUAUAAAAACAAGAUAUGCUGAUAUGAUAAGAUUCAGUACUGUACUAUUGAUCUACCCAGUAUUUGAAAAAUCUCUAAAAUUGAGAAAAUACAAUAUUGUAAUGCUCUUACUGCUUUCUGUACUUUUACUUAAGCAACAUUUUGAAGGAUCUGAGUACUUCUUCCAACCACUGCACUCGGUGAGAAGUUGAUAAAUGAUAACUUUGAGAAGUGAAGUGAAGUAUUCCUUAAAGAAUCAAGUUUUUUUGCUAUUUUUUUAUUUUUUAUUAAGAUACAGUACCAUAUAUUGAACAGUAGACCAACGGUAUAAUGAUGAAACUGUCUUCAAAUAAACGUCUUCGGCAUUUCUGUGCUGAAAUGUAACAUUAUUACUGGCCGACAUAAACUUGAUACUGUUUAUGAAUAUGUGCUUCUUUCAAUGUUUAUAG